AAUAUGGCUAGGUGCCUGGUCUCCCUCAAUGGCUUCACGUGGCUUUUAAAGGGAAGGAGGCAGUAGUGCUGACUUUUGGUAAAAUGGGUGAAAAGCAUCCCAGCCAGCAACAUAAUCACUCAUAGUCCAGAUGAGGGAUCAGUAAAUACAACGUGCCUGAAAGACAGGCCUUGAGCACAUUCCUCUGGUAGACAUUAACUUAUUAAAUGGACCCUGACUGCAAAUAUAAACUUUGGCCCCAUCUCACCCGGCAACCAUAGAAGAGGCAGAUCUCAGUCAAUAAAAGGAAGUGAGAACUGCUCCUGGGUCUCCGGCUCCAACAUCCGCCCUCUGUCAAGAUGUGGCACCUCAAACUCUUUGCAGUGCUCAUGAUCUGUCUGCUGCUGUUGGGCCAGGUAGAUGGCUCCCCAAUAACAGAACUGAGUUCAGCAAAGAGAAGGCCACGGAGAAUGACUCCAUUUUGGAGAGGGGUUUCCCUCAGGCCCAUUGGAGCCUCUUGCCGGGACGAUUCUGAAUGUAUGACGAGGCUAUGCAGAAAAAGACGCUGUUCCCUAAGUGUGGCCCAGGAAUGAUGUACAUACCAGGGGAAAAGAAGCCAGCACUCACCUAUAACAAUGCUCCAUUCUAUGGAAUACUGAUUAAUUGCAUUUUAGCUGGAGACACUUAAGUAAAGCAAUCUUGUAUUUUUAAUAUUUAAAGACAGAUGUAUGCUUUAAAUUGGUGUCUGUUUCUUCUUAGAAUGUUGAUAUCUAGAUAAGCAUAACUAAACUUGUCAAUUUAGAGUUUAUUUUUCUAUGUGUACUAUUAAAAGUC